AUGACAUGUGAAGCUGAUAAGGAUGUUCCCUUUACCUUAAUUGACUACACGUUGAACCAUGACACAGAUUCUAAUUUGAGCAAUUUGCUGCAUCUGAUUUUAACUGCAACAUAUUGCAUAACAAGUGACUUUAUCUUCUUUGGUUAUAAUCAUCAGGUUUAUUUACCGGGUGUUUUAUCGCGCUCUUUGCCGGAUAUGUCAUUAUGGCUCAUAUUAUGGGGGUUCUACAGACGGCAGCCAAAAUCAGUCUACAUGGAAACUGCCUACCCUGUACUUAGGCAAGUGUUGCAGCUAUUCAUUUCUUUAGCACCAUACCUGAACAACAUGUUCAGCCUUCUGUUUCUACACUUCUUCCUAUAUGGUUGCAACAUUUUUGCAUGGAGAAAGGCUCGUAUAAAUUAUAGUUUCAUCUUUGAACUGUCCCCAACAAAGGAGCUAAAGUACAGAGAUGUUUUCUUGAUCUGUACCACCUCAUUGACUGUUGUAGUGGGGGUCAUGUUUGUUCAUUUGUCAUUGCUAACAAAAGGCUAUUCACACAACCAAGUUCAAGCAAUCCCUGGUCUGCUUUUAUUGAUGUUUCUCCUAUUACUUGUGUGCCCCUUCAAUAUCAUUUACCAAUCAAGCCGUUUCCGUUUUCUUCGUGUGAUAAGAAAUAUCAUUUUGUCACCUCUGUACAAGGUUGUCAUGCUGGACUUCUUCAUGGCAGAUCAACUUUGUAGUCAGGUUCCGAUGCUUAGGAACCUUGAGUAUGUGGCAUGUUACUACAUAACUGGGAGCUACAAGACUCAGGACUAUGACUAUUGCAUGAGGGUCAAGAAUUACCGAGAUCUUGCUUAUGCUGUGUCCUUUCUGCCCUAUUACUGGAGAGCAAUGCAGUGUGCUAGGCGGUGGUUCGAUGAGGGACAGACAAGCCACCUUGUCAAUCUAGGCAAGUAUGUCUCAGCAAUGUUAGCAGCAGGAGCUAAAGUAGCUUAUGAGAAAGAAAGGAACAUUGGAUGGCUCUGUCUUGUUGUGAUCAUGUCGACUUUUGCAACAGUGUACCAAUUGUAUUGGGACUUUGUAAAGGAUUGGGGUUUGCUACAAAUGAAUUCCAAGAAUCCUUUGCUUAGGAAUGAAUUAAUGCUUCGCAGAAAGAUCAUUUACUACAUCUCAAUGGGAUUGAACCUUAUUCUCAGGCUAGCUUGGUUGCAAACUGUUCUCCAUUCAAGUUUUGGACAUGUGGACUACAGGGUAACUGGGUUAUUUUUAGCAGCCCUUGAAGUCAUCAGAAGAGGGCUGUGGAACUUUUACAGGUUGGAGAAUGAGCAUCUAAAUAAUGCAGGCAAGUUUAGAGCAGUUAAAACAGUGCCACUGCCUUUCCAUGAAGUGGAUGAAGAAGACUGA